GGUCCGGGCCUGGGCGCCUCCGGCCUCGGGGGGCAGCGGGGCCGGGGUGUGCCACCCGCGCCUGGCACCAUGGACGCACCGCCCAUCACGCCCGCGGAGCUGCUGUGUCUGGGUUCCAGCCUCGCCUUCUCCGGCCUCUUCUACUACCUGUACAGGAAGAAAGCCAGAGUGGUGGCACGCAUACAGGAGGCCCCAAAGCUCCAGGUUGACGAUGAUUUACCAGCGCUAGUGUCUGCGGCCGAUGGGAGAUGCCUGCCUUACGUUGCCCUGGAAGGUAUAGUGCUGCCGGCCAAGGCUGCGCUGACCAGCCAUUACCAUGAGGGGCUGCAGGGCGUGAUCCAGAAACUGCUUCUGAAAGAGCAUCGGCUGAUCUGGAACAGCUUGGCCCGGAGCUGGAGCGAGAGCGAGCGGGUGCUCUCAGAGCAGGUCUACACUGUCCCCUUCCUGCUGGCCUCGCCAGACGCCGAGGCGGUGACACAGGUGAGCGUGGAAAGCCCGCUCCGAGCCAUCUGCCUGCCACUGGAGACGGUGUACGAGCGCUUCCAGCAGCCAGCCCACGGCUUCCGUGACCUGCUGGGCCAGUACUUGAGCGGGGAGAAGCCCAAGGGCAUCCUGGAGACGGAGGAGAUGCUGCGGGUGGGGGCCGGGCUGACGGGCAUCGGGGAGCUGGCCCUGCACCCCGACGGGUCCCUGCACCUCCAGCCACCGGCCCAGGGGGGCGAGUAUUUCCUGUGCCUGGGGGACUGGCAGUCGGUGCUGGCAGACCUGGAGUCGGCCAGUGGGCUCUGGAAGGGGGCUGCCCUGCUCUGUGCCGCGGCUGGCCUGGCCGUCCUCCUGCACGCCCUGUGCCGUGCCUACCGCCGUGCCCGUGGCCAGCAGCGGCCUCAGGGCAAGGAGCCUGAUGGCGAGGAGGCGGCCGGGGACUGGGGGCCGGAGGACUCCUGCGUGAUCUGCCUGACGCGGCCCCGCGAGUGCGUCCUCCUGGGCUGCGGCCACAUUUGCUGCUGCUUUCACUGCUUCCAGGCCCUGCCCACCCGCCUCUGCCCCAUCUGCCGGGGGCCCAUCGACCGCGUGGUGCCCUUCUACCAGGCCUGAGCGCACCCUGGGGAGGCGGGAGGGGGGGUGUCAGGCCCAGGGACGGGCAGCAUGAACCAAACCCCAGUCCAAAGCCUGCAGAAAUCCCAGCUGAGUGAUUGCGGUGGGGAGGGAAGGGUCCUGGUGUGCCCCCCUGUCUGUUUUUUGGAGGGGGAGGAAUUAUAGCCUCCUCGUCCUCGCUUUGCCUACCAGAAGGACACUGCCUCCCCCCCCAAACACGAAAGCUUGUGGGGAAAUGCGCUUGGUGCCUGAGCGGAGACUCCAGCCCCACUGUGGCAAGUGGCUACUUGGCCUGUGCCCCUUCCCCAGCCCUGACCCCCCCUCAAAAGCCACACAGGACUUUUCCCUUAUUCUUCAGCGUGUGGCUUUGUCCUUGAGGAGGGUGGCAGGGGCUGGACCCGGGCUGGUGGGACACAGCCGUCAGGGUGGGGUGACAGAGACACCCCCUGCCUGAGCCACCAUCGUGGCACACCUUGGUGCCACCAUGUCCACCCCCCUCCCCAUCCGUGUGCCUACAGGGACACCCCAGGGCUGGCAGCAAUGCAGGGUGCCCCUUUGCCAGCCGCUCUGCUGCCCAGGGAGGGGGACAAGGUCCCUCCCUCCCUCUCCGCAGGGUCCCCACUCUCCUCCUGGGGCUGGGGGUCAGCCCACACCUCCCGCCCCCCUCCUUGGCCGGGAGGAGGUGCGGGAGCAGCGUGGUGGUGUGUGCAGUGAUAAAGCCCAGGAGCAGA